AGCAUCAGACCACAGAAAGCAGCCAAACACCGAAUAAGCAACCAUCGAUUCAGCACUCCGCAUCUCGAGCAUUGACCUCCACCUCUCCCGAUCCUCCAACACCAUCAACAUGAAGUUCUUCACCACCAUCCUCGCCAUUGGCCUCUUUGCCGGCACCUCUCUGGCUCAGGACGCUCCUGUGCAGACUGCUCACGUCACUCUCCGCUCCGAGGGCGACGACCACUCGUAUCCUCUGACCGUCCCUGCCGACGGCAAGCCCGUCUUGACGCACAGCACUCUGCCCAUUGCGCUGAUUGACGCCCCCGACUUCAACGUCCUCCAGGCCUGCGUGAUCGAGACGCCCGGCGCCAAGAACCUCAGCAGCACGAUUGCCGCCGACGGCGUGACACAGCAGGUCGUGAUUGACCCCCCGCAGGCGGUUACCAGCAUCAGCUGCCAGGGAACCUGUGUCGAGACUUAUGGUGCCUGCUUUGACACCAACGGCCAGUAUGUGGGAGCCUGCUGUAACGGUCUCUGCAUUGCCUCUCGCUGUAGGCCCUGGAACAUUGGCCAGCAGUCCUAAGGGGGCUGCCAACUUGUGACUUGUUGGCGUUGGUUCAAUGACCCUUGAACCAUGCAUAAUUGGGCUCUGUAAUUCGAGGUGCAUGCGACUGGAAAUCUGAAUGGCAAGUUGUUUGGUGGGCGAGUUUUGUUUGGUGUAAUU